CUUCGAAGUGAACAUCAACCUGGAAUUCGAUCUCACUGUUGUACUGCGGCUUGGAUAAUUCUGGAUUUCGACGUAGCAUGUGCCAUCAUUGAUAGGCUCCUGGCCGCCACCCCUAAGGCUGCGACACUUGCACAGUUUGGAUCUGCUUCUUGCGAUUUAUGCAGGCGCCCUGUUUUGCUGUAGAUCACUCGACUAUUAGUUGCCAAUACCAACAGUCACGCGGAUCAUUUCGUUGGCUGUACCAUCCCGUUGAGCAGCAUAACGUGUUCCACUCAAAGGUCUACGUCCAUUUUCUGUUAUGGCUAUCCUUUAUAAAGUGUGGUGCAUCAACGGAAAGCAAUAGUUCCUGCACCCUUUUCAGAUGAAACUUCAAGCUCUCACAACAAACCAUGUUUAUCCCGUAUUCGGCUUUCUUGGAUUCUUUUCGACAGUUAUUCUAAUGCCGAUGCAUUUCCGAGCGAAGGACUUGAACGUCGGCGUAUUGUUGUUCGUCGUAUGGACGAGCAUCCUUUGUCUUGUGUUCAGCGUGAAUUCUAUCGUGUGGAAUAAUAGUAUGGCUGACGUGGCGCCAGCGUGGUGUGAUAUCUCAUCCCGCUUGAUUACUGCAUCUACCACUGGGAACCAAACGGCAUUAUUGUGCAUAGUUCGUUGUCUAUAUCGCAUCGUAACAAUGAAGGUGAUGAACCAGAGCAGCUCAGAGGUUCGAAUCGAUCUUCUCAUCAACCUUUCGCUUGGAAUUGGUACCCCCCUGCUGCUUUUAGUCUUCCAGUAUAUCGUCGUAUCUCAUAGAUAUGUGAUUCUGGAAGAUAUAGGUUGCUUUCCGGCCAUAGCAGUUACGACACUUGGAAUUCCACUUUAUAGGAUAUGGCCCAUCAUAAUCGCAUUGGUGAGCAGUGUAUACGCAGGCCUUACCGUCUAUGUAACUAUCCAACGGAGGGCUCGCAGCCGCAAUAUAAUAGACGGCCAGUAUCCGCAGCGCUACUGGCGCCUUCUCUCUCUCUGUGGUAUUGGCAUCAUAUGUGCCCUCCCAGAUGCAUUGCUAAGCCUCAUCCUUGGCUUUUUCCACAUAACCACCCCGUACACAUG